AUGUGCAAAGUAGGCAACAGGGACCUUACUGUGCUGCUGAGUAGCGUACCAUUGAUCUACAACAUUAGGGAAGACAAGUGGGUCAACCGGUUCUCGCCCAUCUUACCAACUGACGGGCCGCCAACACCAAGAUCAUCGACAACGUCUGGUCCAAUUCCAGGACCCACAAACCCAACACCGAACACCUCUCCUUCUUCAGGUUCCAACGCAGCGGCGAUAGGCAAAGGAGUAGCGGGCGAUGCAGUCAUCUUGAGGCUUUUGGUGUUCCUCUUUUACCGGAGACGCAAGCAGGUCAACUCCAAGAGUGGACAUGCACCGGAUUCCUCCGCGACGCCAUUAGACGGUUCUGCUCCUCCUGCCCCUCCUACUCCUCCUUCUGCUACCCGACGCGACAUUGAGUUUCCACCUUAUCCGCCCAACCAACCUUGCCCACAAGGGCAAAACGUCUAUGCCGACAAUGGCGGUAUUGAGGACAAUGAACCGUUUGCCUACGGCUCCAAUAUCGACAAGGACAACAACCGUCGCAAUUCCGACUUCUUCGGACCUCGGAACCCUCAAGAAUACACGCCGACAGCAACAAAGAAGCCUCACGACCUCCAAUACCAACCUAUGAACCCGACUGCAAUCGGCCAGGAGUGUGAGGCAUACUCACAGCGGCGUAAUGGUCCUCAGGGUGACGGAACGAAUGUCGCGGUCGUUAGCAGUGGUGCUGGUGGAGGAGGAGGUGGUGGUAUGGAUGGACUGGGUUUGAGGCAGCAGAUUACGUAUAUACAGGCACAGAACCAGGAUAUUGGGCGUGUAAUGAUGGAGCAACAGCAGAUGUUGCGUAAACUACAGGACCUGCUCGAUUCGAAAGGAGAGAACGCGUAA